GAAACAGCAAACAGCCACUUCUGUUUUGCGUCCGCUGGGUAAGGAUGUCGAGCUCGGUACAUGAUAUCGUCGUUGCAGCCAUUGACAAACAACAGGAGAAGUUCAACCUUAUUAGCCAGCAGAUCUGGAGCAAUCCGGAACUUUUCUAUGAAGAGGUGCAAGCUCAUGACUGCCUUUGUAAAGCGCUCGAGGACGAGGGCUUCGAGGUGCAGAGGCAUUAUAAUUUGAAGACUGCGUUCCGGGCGGAGUUCGGAAGUGGAGGAAAUGGACCAGUGGUGUGCAUCAUUUGCGAAUACGACGCACUUCCAGUAGUUGGGCAUGCUUGUGGACACAACUUAAUAGCAGAGGCAGGAUUUGCAGCUGGUGUUGCAGUCAAAGAAACGCUGCAGUCCGACCCCAACCUUGCAGGAAAGGUCGUUGUGUUGGGAACACCAGCUGAAGAAAGAGAUGGUGGGAAAAAAGACCUGAUUGCUGCUGGAGCGUUCAAUGACAUUGAUGUUGCCAUGAUGGUGCAUCCUAGCAGAAGCAACGAGUUAUGUCCACUCUUCAUAGGAGUAGGACAUAUUUGUAUAGAAUACACGGGAAAGGCAGCACAUGCCUCUGGCUACCCUUGGGAAGGCACAAACGCCUUGGAUGCUGCUGUAGCUUGCUAUAACAGCUUGGCUUAUCUACGCCAGCAUAUCAAACCGCACUGCCGAAUACAUGCCAUCAUCACAAAUGGAGGAGCAGCAGUGAACAUCGUACCGGAAUUCUCCUCCAUGGAAAUCCAAUACCGUGCCCCAAGUCGAGGUGCCCUGGCUGAGCUGAAGAAAAAGGUGCUGUCUUGUAUCAAUGCUGGAGCUGAGGCUACAGGCUGCGUUGUCAAGUUCACUAAGGAUAAUAGCAUCGACCCUGUGGUGACGAAUGCUGCGCUAGCAAAGCUAUACAAGAGCUCCGCUGAACAGCUCGGUGUGCAGUUUGAUGACGACAACCCAGAUGUGGUGCACUUUGUGGCAUCAUCCGACAUGGGGAACGUGUGUCACACAGUGCCUUCUAUUCAUCCAAUAUAUCGCAUCAAAGCAGACGGACCUAACCACACACCUGAAUUCACCGAAGCAGCUGGACAGCCCUCAGCCCAGGAGCCAACUCUUGUGGCUGCCAAAGCAAUGGCCCUCACUGCUCUGGAGCUGUUUAGAAAGCCUCAGUUAUUGCCUGCCAUUAAAGAAGGCUUCAAGAAAGAUAUGGAAAGGUCACUUUCACUAUAGCACUGGGUCUGACAGUGGAAGUUUUUAGGCCUGGAGUCAUAAUACGAAUAAUAUCUACAUAACCAUUAAAAAACAAAAGACUCAGUUGUUUGUUGGGGGAAUUGGAGUUUUAUACAUAUGCAUCUCUAGUAAUAAAUUCUGAUGAAAAUUGCA